UUUGGAGUGGCAACGGUGGUUGGUACAUCUAAAAAUCUGAAAGAAAAAUGGCUGCCGAAAGACGAGCCAGGAUUUAUUUUGGUUUAGUUGUUUGCUUUUCUUUUAGAGACCUAUCCGUUUGAGUUUAUACCUUAUAACUAUUAUUUUACAAUGGUAAAUAUUGCUCAAUAAAAAUAGUUUCAUAAGAUGUGGUUAAUUGAUUUCACCGUCUCUGUCUUUUGUUUGAUAUAAAAUCUAACUUAAGGCCCUGGCCUUGUUGAGUUUGAGUGCCUUGACUUGACUAGACAAGAUGACCGUUGUCGUUGACACUUUGACUUUAUUAAUAUUUUAUUAUUGUUUCGUCACUACUUUUAAUACUCCUAACGUUCACUACACACUACGCAGUCUUGAACUUGAAACAGACUAGUCCAAGUAAUACUAGCUACUACCGCGCUUCGAGCUUUAGGGGAUGAAGCGUGUUUUUAAAAUUAACUUUAUUAUUAUUAUUACUACUAGUGAUAGCAGUAGUGAAUAGUAGGGUAUGACUUGACUUAUUUGGAUUUGGAUUGUUCAUGAAAAGAAGCAUAAAUUCAUAAAUUAAAAUGAACAAAUUUAUUAAUCAAUUAAUUCAAUCACAAUGAGUAUGACUGGUAUGAAAAUUUAAAAAAAAUUAUGACAAUGUUGAUGCUCUCAAUGCAAGUGCAAUAUUCAUUAAUAAUUAAUAUCAGUCGGAAUUACUUAUGAGUGAUAUUGAAUGAAUGCCAUUCAUUGUUGUAGUGCAACAAGCUGCAACUUUACAACCAGAAAACUCUAAAAGUACAAGUUGUCCACAAUUUUUAAAAAUCUUUUUACAUAAUUCAGGCUCACUCAAGGCACUAUUAUUAUUUGCUAACUUCCACGACCAUACCAUUAUAUAAAAUGAUUAAACUUGAACCGUUGACAGUGACAGAGGCCUAGCCCUGACCUAAGCCCUAUUUAUUUUUUAAUUUAUUAAAUUGAUCACAUAUGAACCAAUUGAUAGCAUCAGCAGCUCAGCCCAUCUCUCAACAUGACAUUUCUGCUACUGGGGGAACCAACAUUUCUAAUGCCUUUUAUACAAAAAAAAGUCUUAUUAUUGACAUUGUUAAGAUCUCUCAAGAAUAGAGAUGACUGGCAGGUAAUAAAAGGGAUCUAUGUGUUUACUGAUAUAUACUUCACUAAUACAUGCUGAUUGGUGUGGGUUUGCUAAUUAAAAAAAAAGUAAAAUCCAUGACUGAAUAUAUAUAUUAUAAUAUAUAUAUAUUAUAAUAGGUCAUUGGCCUAAUCAUUUGUUUUACCAGUUACUCAGCUCAAUAAAGACUCAGUGUGGAAAAGCUGAUUAAUCAGUAAUCCUAUUUGCUUAUUGGUGCAACUCUAAUUUAAAGACACUGUUCAGUUACAGUCCUAAAGACUUAAGAUCACAUUCUUUGCCAUAAGGACUUGACCAAUGUAUGCCCUACAUACUUGACCAAUACAUGCUUAACAGACACUACUUUACUUUUUUUUUCUUUCCUGUAAAAGGAUUUAAAUCAUCCUGUCAGUGAUCAGUCAGAAAGUCAUAUAUCUGAAAAUGAUGAACAAGGUGCAAAUUUGAAUGCAUGUGAUUCAGACAAUGAAAAAGAAGAUUAUCCUAAAGGCCCAGAAUCCCAUGGGAACCAUGAAAUCAUAUCUGACAGUGAUAGCAACAGACAGAACAAUGAUGCGCAGGAUGUGACUGAUCAGGUAUUUCCUUUUAAAGAUUCAGAAUGCAAAUGCUCCUAGGUUUGCUGUAUUUUAAAAUUAGUUUGAAUAUCAAAAAAUAUGCUACACAUUGAAUUAUCUUGCAUCAAUAUUAAAAUAUAAAAAUGUUUCUAUGAAUUAAAAAUUGAAUAUAAUACAGCAAUUAGUGCAACCUUUCCUUUUUCUUUUAUAAGCUUGAAGUCUUUCGCCAACAAUGGCAGGACGAACUGCAGCAACGACCAGGAAGUCGUGGCCAGAGUCCCAAAAAUAAUCACAACAAAACAAAACAAGCCAAUGACAUGGAAAAUGAGGUAAACUCACUGUUUGAAAAUUUGCAUUUCCAGUUCCUUCUUUAAAGAAGCAAAUUACUUUUUUCAGUCCAUGCUUUAAAUCCAUAUACUUUAGUUUACAUAUACAAUUGAAUAUAAAGCUUUCCAACAUUGUUUUAAAACAGGCCAGAGCGUAUUUCUUACAAGGCAUGCAAGCAGAAGAUGAUGGAAUGUUAAAUGAAGGUAUUACUGAAAAAAAAAAGCGUUCAUGAAAUUUAAAUAGUUAUGGUGGAACUUAAUCCUAUUUUGUUUAGUCUUAUUUGUUUCGCUUAAUUUGGACAUGCUUAUCUGAUAUUCUUUAAUAAAUAAACACAUUUAUUUUUACAUAUCACCUGAACAUGCUGCAACUUUAUAAAUAAAAUUUAUUACAGACGCUCUCCACUUGACGAACGAGUUACACUCCAGACUGUUAUAUACCAUGAAUUUUUUAGUAAAAUGUUGUUUGGUUUGCUGUUAACUAUGCACAUCUCCUAAAGCUGUUAGUGAGAUAAGAGCUGUAAAUAAAAUGAAAUAAACAAUUUAAAAAGAACUAAAACAAAUAAAUAAUACAUUUUAAAUACUGUGCAUUUUAAAUAGAAAAUUAUAAUUAAAUGAAGGAUUAAUUUACUGUACAUACCUUGCAUUGUUAUCUUUGAGGUAUGUGUGGAUGGGGUGAAGAGGCUAGCAGAUCUUUACAUGUGAGGGUGGUGUGAGGAGGCUAGUACAUCUUUACAUGUAAGGGUGGUGUGAGGAGGCUAGUACAUCUUUACAUGUGAGGGUGGGGUGAGGAGGCUAGUACAUCUUUACAUGUGAGGAGGCUGGUAGAUCUUUACAUGUAAGGAUGGGGUGAGGAGGCUAGUACAUCUUUACAUGUGAGGGUGAUGUGAGGAGGCUAGUAGAUCUUUACAUGUGCGAAUGUGGUGAGGAGGAGGCAGUUAGUUAGAGUUGCCAGAUUAUUCCCCCUGUAAACAAAUUUUGUGUGGCUCAUUUUCAUUGCUAUUAGAGAGAACCAGAUUAAAAUUGUUACCUAGUUACAUUGCUGCCUGAGCUUCCAUUGAAAGUCACACUUAAAUAAAUAUUUGAAAACAAGCUACUUACUGUAUGUGUUAAAUUUUGUGAAAAUCACAUUAAAAAAUUAUGUUAACAACAAUUUAUCUCUAAACAGCCAUCUACUACUACAGAAAGGCACUACAACUUGUUCCAGAUAUUGAAUCAAAGUUGGGAUCUGUGUUUACAAAGCCAUCAUGGGAACGAGGUUGGUUUAAGUACCCUGAUGACUUAGAUCUGAUGUUGGCAUUAAUUGAUGAGCUGUUGAUGUAUGUUUGGUGAAAUCCACUCAUUAAUAUUGAACAUUUCUGAUCAAGUCCUUGUUAUUGUUGAUAAAACUUUAAUGUUUACUUUACAAUUUAAUGUUUUAAAAAUCCCUAUGUGGCUUCCUUGAUUUUAAUUAAAACACUUAUGAAUUGUAAUGAAAAAAAAAAUUAAAUCCUCAUUAAUAGAUAGCUCUCUGUUUUGCUCUCCUUUUGUCAAAUUUUUACUUUGAAUAGGCCAUUUAUUUUAUUGUGUGUCUCCAGGUAGACAAGACAGCGAGACUUUUGGACCAGAAAAGUAAGAGAGGAAAAUCAUUUGUAGAAGCUGAAAGCAUGAACAAUAAAGAUUGAAGUAGAUAUGAGAUCAAAGUAUAAAAUUUGUCGAUAAUAAUCUAGUCUUUGUACUGGAGUCUGAAUUGACCAAUAGUGCCGCACGUAUAAGAUAAGAUGCUUUUAUCAAUCAAAAUAAAUGGAAAUUUGUUUUGAUUGCAUUGCACAUAUUAUUUUGGAAAGUCCUUUUGCUGUUCCCUGAAAUUGGUCAGCAGCACAGCGUUUGGUGUUAUGUUCUUGAGUGAAUCAUUGUGUGGUCAGAAUAGCUGUUACGUUCUUGAGUGAAUCAUUGUGUGGUCAGUGUUACGUUCUUGAGUGAAUCAUUGUGUGGUCAGAAUAGCUGUUACGUUCUUGAGUGAAUCAUUGUGUGGUCAGAAUAGCUGUUAUGUUCUUGAGUGACUCAUAGUGUGGUCAGAAAAGCUGUAACGUUCUUGAGUGAAUCAUUGUAUGGUCAGAAUAGCUGUUUUGUUCUCGAGUGCAAUUUUAUAAUAAAAGAAGGUCAUUUUUUAAAACAUCUUUUGUAAUAUGAAAAUUUUAGAUGUGGAUGUGACCUAAAUUUAGAACAGCCAGUUGGGGGGGGGGGGGGGGGACCCAAACCCCCCCCCCCUAAAAAAUGAAAAAAACUAACACUUGACUAAAACAAGUUUUUUAAAAAAAUAUUCCCUUCAAAUAAAAAAUGCUUAUUUCUGUUACAGUGAAAUUGAUGAAGAUUUGUUGACUCACUUUGAAAGUCUGAGAUUGAAGGAUGAAGCUCUCUGUCAUCCAGAGUAUGAGCAAAGGGUAAGUUGUGAUGGCAUGUCACCCAAAGUAGGAGCAACAUUUAGUAUAUGACGUUGUGAUGGCAUGUCACAGAAACAUUUACCAAUGUUGUGAUGGCUUUCACAGAAACAUUUACCAAUGUUGGGAUGGCAUGUUACAGAAACAUUUACCCAUGUGAUGGCAUGUCACAGAAACAUGUACUUUAAGACAUUCAUUAACUACCAAUUAAUGGAGCAAAGAAAUACGCUGCACUUCGUCUUAGAACCAUAUUUUUGCUGUUCAGCUUUUAAAGACAAAUGUCUGAAGCAGCUAAAACUGGUUAAACCUUCAUUUCCACUGAACAUUUGAUUAUUUUCUUUUUAAAUGAAAAUUUGUAGCCUGACCUCACCAAGUUGAUGAACUCUAAAUGAGGUGGUAUCAAUUUUGAUUUAUUUAAAAAAGAAUAUUGUCUUUAACGACUGCUAGGUGGCUCACAUUUCCAUGUGUUUACUAAAAGUGGGAGACGUUAAGGGUUUAUGAAUAAAAGAAAUGAUAAAGCAAUAACAUUUAUAGACUUGUUUUACUUGAUAAACAAGAGAUACAACUGAUAGAUCCUGACUUGUUAUUGUAAAAUUUCCUUUUACCUCAGGCUGUUUUUUUCAUUACUUAAUCCUCUUCCAACAGAUGACCCAUAUUUCCAGUUUGCCAGUGGAGCUAAUCAUUUACAUACUGCAGUGGGUGGUUACCAGUGACCUUGACCUCAGGUCACUGGAGAUGUUUUCUGCGGUGAGUUUUGUUAUUUGACUCUCUCAACAUUUUGUUAACGGCUUUGAACCUGUGCGCACUAAGUUAUUUUAUACCUUAAGGUCGUAGUAUCCAAUAAAAAUGGACCCAGGGGUCUAGGAUUUCUUUCUUGAACUGCUAUAUCAUUUUAUGGGCCUGAAAAAUAAAAUGGAUAAUGAACUAAGCUAGUAUCUCUCACAAAAACUGUGAUAACAACUGUAUUGUUAAUGAGAUAAUCACUUUCCUGGAGCACAGGUGUGCCGUGGAUUUUACUUGUGUGCAAGAGACGAGAAGCUUUGGAAAAAGGCCUGUGAUAGGUGAGUAGCUUGAGAGGCAGAUUAGGGAGACGGACUCAGAUAAUAGGGAUAUACAUACAUUCAGAACAGGUCAACUUUGAUAAUGGGGAUAUACAUAUAUUCAGAAUAGGUCAACUUUUAUAAUGGGGAUAUACAUACAUUCAGAAUAGGGCAACUUUGAUAAUGGGGAUAUACAUACAUUCAGAAUAGGUCAACUUUGAUAAUGGGGAUAUACAUAUAUUCAGAAUAGGUCAACUUUUAUAAUGGGGAUAUACAUACAUUCAGAAUAGGUCAACUUUGAUAAUGGGGAUAUACAUAUAUUCAGAAUAGGUCAACUUUGAUACUGGGGAUAUACAUACCUUCAGAAUAGGUCAACUUUGAUAAUGGGGAUAUACAUAUAUUCAGAACAGGUCAACUUAGUUACUGGGGAUAUACAUAUUUUCAGAAUAUGUCAACUUUGAUAAUGGGGAUAUACAUAUAUUCAGAACAGGUCAAAUUAGAUACAGGGGAUAUGCAUAUAUUCAGAAUAUGUCAACUUUGAUAAUGGGGAUAUACAUAUAUUCAGAAUAGGUCAACUUAGAUACUGGGGAUAUACAUAUAUUCAGAAUAGGUCAACUUAGAUACUAGGGAUAUACCGGUACAUAUAUUCAGAACAUGUUAGCUUUGAUAAGGAGAUAUUCAUAUUCAGAACAGUUUAUAAAACAAAUAAUAUAAACCUGAAUAUAUGUUUUUAUUUAUAAUCAAUCGACUUAUUCCUAUUUUGUUCUCACGAUUUUAUUAAAAAUGAAUAUUUAAAAAAAAAUUAUUUUUUUUAUUUCAAGGAAUUUUUUUCAAAGUGUAUUAAAUAAUUUUGUGUUCUAAUUUGUUAAUAUGUUGUUAAUUUAUAUUAACCAGAUUGCUGUUGUUUCACACAAACCUCUAUAUCAUUGUAUCAUUUGCGCUAAUGUAAGAUUAAUUGUCAGAACAAUAUUUCAGGGUUUGGGGAGUAAAUGCUGCAAGCAGCAAAAAGAAAUAUGGUAGUUCAUGGAGAAGAAUGAUGAUAGAGCGUCCUCACCUUCUAUUUGAUGGUAGAUGAUUUUUUUUAAACAUAUGGUAUUUAUUGUCUGUGAUAAGGUAAUGACUGAAAGUGAGCUUGUUGAGCACAUCUCAUCUGGCUUGAAGUGAGCUUGAGCACAUCUCAUCCGGCUUGAAGUGAGCUUGAGCACAUCUCAUCCGGCUUGAAGUGAGCUUGAGCACAUCUCAUCCGGCUUGAAGUGAGCUUGAGCACAUCUCAUCCAGCUUGAAGUGAGCUUGAGCACAUCUCAUCCGGCUUGAAGUGAGCUUGAGCACAUCUCAUCCGGCUUGAAGUGAGCUUGAGCACAUCUCAUCCGGCUUGAAGUGAGCUUGAGCACAUCUCAUCCGGCUUGAAGUGAGCUUGAGCACAUCUCAUCCGGCUUGAAGUGAGCUUGAGCACAUCUCAUCCGGCUUGAAGUGAGCUUGAGCACAUCUCAUCCGGCUUGAAGUGAGCUUGAGCACAUCUCAUCCGGCUUGAAGUGAGCUUGAGCACAUCUCAUCCGGCUUGAAGUGAGCUUGAGCACAUCUCAUCCGGCUUGAAGUGAGCUUGAGCACAUCUCAUCCGGCUUGAAGUGAGCUUGAGCACAUCUCAUCCGGCUUGAAGUGAGCUUGAGCACAUCUCAUCCGGCUUGAAGUGAGCUUGAGCACAUCUCAUCCGGCUUGAAGUGAGCUUGAGCACAUCUCAUCCGGCUUGAAGUGAGCUUGAGCACAUCUCAUCCGGCUUGAAGUGAGCUUGAGCACAUCUCAUCCGGCUUGAAGUGAGCUUGAGCACAUCUCAUCCGGCUUGAAGUGAGCUUGAGCACAUCUCAUCCGGCUUGAAGUGAGCUUGAGCACAUCUCAUCCGGCUUGAAGUGAGCUUGAGCACAUCUCAUCCGGCUUGAAGUGAGCUUGAGCACAUCUCAUCUGGCUUGAAGUGAGCUUGAGUACAUCUCAUCCAGCUUGAAGUGAGCUUGAGCACAUCUCAUCUGGCUUGAAGUGAGCUUGAGUACAUCUCAUCUGGCUUGAAGUGAGCUUGAGUACAUCUCAUCCGGCUUGAAGUGAGCUUGAGUACAUCUCAUCCAGCUUGAAGUGAGCUUGAGUACAUCUCAUCCAGCUUGAAGUGAGCUUGAGCACAUCUCAUCCGGCUUGAAGUGAGCUUGAGCACAUCUCAUCUGGCUUGAAGUGAUCUUGAGCACAUCUCAUCUGGCUUGAAGUGAGCUUGAGCACAUCUCAUCCAGCUUGAAGUGAGCUUGAGCACAUCUCAUCCAGCUUGAAGUGAGCUUGAGCACAUCUCAUCCAGCUUGAAGUGAGCUUGAGCACAUCUCAUCCGGCUUGAAGUGAGCUUGAGCACAUCUCAUCUGGCUUGAAGUGAGCUUGAGCACAUCUCAUCCGGCUUGAAGUGAGCUUGAGCACAUCUCAUCUGGCUUGAAGUGAGCUUGAGCACAUCUCAUCCGGCUUGAAGUGAGCUUGAGCACAUCUCAUCCGGCUUGUGAUGGAAGAUCACACCCAUUUUAGUCAAGUUCCCAUUUGCUGUUAGUUAUUAACAAGCUUCCAUGUGGACACUUUUGGAAAAAUUAAGGCGAAUAUUUUACUUAAACUUAAACAAAUAUCAAAAUUUUACCACUUAUUGCCAUAUUUUUUUUAAAGCAUGAUAGUUUAUUUAGAUGCUAUGCUGAUCCUUAAAUAUUGUUUCAUUACUUUUUUUUAAAAUGCUUUAGUUAAAUUUUUAUGUUAGUUGAUCUUAUUUCUUAAACUUUGUAUAUUAGGAUGUAGUGAUACAGAUAUUUCAAAUUAAGCUGUUGUGUUGAAAAUGUGUGAUCUCUGCCGUUAGGUUGCUACAUCAGCAAGGUGACCUAUAUCAGACAAGGUGAACAGAGCCUGGACAGCUUCUAUCGCCCUUUUCAUCUGGUGGAAUACUUCCGCUACGUUAGAUUUUUUCCAGAUGGUAGGCACUAGAUGCACAUUGUUGAUCUCAAUAAUAAUCAUAUGAAGAUCAUCUUUUGAUGAUUAUAUUAGGAAACUUUUAAAGCACGAAAGUACUCCUAGUUUUGAAGAGUUUCCUUUUACAUAUGAAAUGGACUAUUUGUUUCAGGACAAAUGCAUAUGCUUGUGAGUCCCGAUGAUCCCCUACAAUCAUUGCCUAAACUCAAGUUCCGCAACUCAAAAUCCCCAGGCCUCCUCAAGGGAGUCUACAAACUCACUGACCACAAGGUUUGUUUCAUUAGGAAAAGAUGGGCUCUUUUUUUUAUGCACUGGAAAAAUCCAUUAGAAAGAGCUUUAUUUCAUUUCCAUAUUUUAUCUUGUUGUUUGUCACGAGAAACUUUCAAAACUUUUUUUUUUUUCAAUUGUUUUUUUUGCAAAAGUUUUUUUAAUUGGUUAAAAUUUCCCUAAAUUUUAGGUGGCUUGUGUGUUAAAACGUGUAAAAACUGAGGUCCUCCCCACCAGAUACAAACGUCAUCGCCAAGCAGCAGCUAAUCAAAAUGAAAUGGAUACGACCUACACUGCAGUCAGUACUAUAUUAACUUUUCUUUACGAUAAACCUGAAUUUUAAGAUCACCCACUUGUUAUUAAAUUCCUGUCAAUACUGUAUGUUUAUAGUUUGUUUUUAAAAAAGAAAUCUUAUUUCACUGCUGAUAAGUUUUAUUUCUGUUGUGCUGAAUGUUAAAGCGCUCUAUUUCAAAAGUUAAAGUUCCAACCCAACAAUAAAAUCAUCAGUCCAGCAAAGUUAACGUUUCAAUUGUUCACCUGAUUAAUACAAAACAUGGAUAUUUGUACAUUUUUAAUAGGUUUUUGUUCAAUUUCUUUUUUAAUGAUUUUUAAAAAAAGCUUGUAUCCCAUAAAAGUGGAGAGACCUAAAAAGAAAACAAUACAAAUUAACUUUUAUUUUAUUAAGAAAUUAAUUUGUAAGACUUGAAAUUUUAGCCAAUAUUAAUCGAUUCAGUAAAAUAUCUGGAUGCAUACACAGACACCGCAGCUUUUUAUUUCUAUUAUUUAGUUAGGGGAUAUUUCAGUAACAUUGCAGUGUUGAAGGUAUAGCAACCUCUUGACUUCCUUCUUAAAACAUUUUAUUUUGUCGCCCAGGACUUUGAUGUUACGUCGAGCGGCAAAAGACCCCAUGCCCAGCUCCUUUGGUGCAGUUAUGCCGUCUGCUCAGUUCAAAGGUAAAGAGCUUUAAAUCGCACGUGUUAGUGAUACUUCCAGGAUACACAUAUCGCAACUUUUGUUGUAGGUAACAUAUAAAAAAUAAUCUUAUUGUUGGUUUCCUCAAAGGUAUCUAUAGUGUAACCAGAAUACUCCAUAUCCUGACAAAGUUUUAUCACCUAAAGUGAUUUUUUUUUUAACUUAACCCCCACCCCCCUCACCACAUGAAUUUUUGCACAUCUCAUCGAAGAAUGUCAAUAAUUAUUUUUGUUCCUAAAAGUUUUUUCCCCUAAAGUUUUUUUUUUUUUAACUUAACCCCCCCCCCCCCCCUCACCACAUGAAUUUUUGCACAUCUCAUCGAAGAAUGUCAAUAAUUAUUUUUGUUCCUGUCAUCAUGUAGGACCAGGCACACAAUAGCGGGGAAGAUUUGUCUCAUUCCACAUAAAUCAAACAUUAUUUUUUUGGUUUUAUUUAUUCCAGUUUUCAUGGUUACUUCAGCUUUUCACUCAUGUUACUAUUUUAUGCCUGUUGAUGCUGGGUCUUAUUAUUAUUAUUAGUGGUCUUCUGUUCAAUUAGUUUUCCUUCAGUGUCCACCUGAGUUCUGAUCUGUUUCCCUUGAGUGUCCAUCUCAGUUCUGAUCUGUUUCUCUUGGGUGUCCAUCUCAGUUCUGAUCUGUUUCCCUUGGUUGCCCAUCUGGGAAAGGACAUUUGUGCCUCUAACUAUCAUUUAAUUUAACAACUGAAUAUUUUCCUCUGUGUAUUUAACAAUUAAAUGGCCUUUUCUUAUGCAUUACUUUGUGUUUUCUGCAGGUCAACAGGCGAAGAGGUCAUAAGCAAAUUUGAGUUGAACAAGCAUGCCUUCCCUCCCCUUAUUUUUUCUCGGGUGAAAAGUUACACAGCGGCUUGUGUGGAGCCCCUGGUGUAAAUAUGUUGUUGACAUUGUCAGAAGUGUAAGGAGAGCCUUAUUCUUUUAUCAAAUUAAAUAAUGGGAAUAUUAUUAUUUUUUUGUUUGACAUAAUUCUCCAAAAAUAAUCUUGAGAGCCAUUGUUGAUGCUGGAUCCAAACAUGUUGCUUUGGGCCGUUUUGAUUUUUGUUUGUUUUUGACUUGACACUGGUGUUUUUAGAAAAGCUCAUGGUAGUUAAUCAAAGGGCCAUUUCUAAAUCAACUAUGAUGUCACGAUAACAACUGCCAUCAAUAAUUGCAUGACAUACUCAGAAAUUGUUCUCUAAUGGUCACCUGCAAUAGGUUAACAAUCCAGUGUUAAACCAAAUGAGUAUUUUCAUCUGUAGAAAUAUUUUACUGACGGGGCAAGUUGUUUUAUUUUAUUCAAAUACAUAAUAUUUGAUGACUUUAUGCACAGACCGCUUUACUUGUUUAGGUUGUUUUCAUUUUAAUGAUUUUAUUGUGUUGUUAAAAUUAUUAUUAUUUAUCUAUACUAUAAUCUAUAAUGGCUGAAUUCCAAUGUUUUUUUUCUUUUGUAUAUUAUGAAGGUGUGAAGGAGAUGUAGAGUAUAAAUAUAUAUAUAUAUAUAUAUAUAUAUUUAUAUUUGUACUCUUUGUAGAAAAACCAUUUAAGAACUUUAUUUUUUGGAGUACCUUUUAACAGUAAAAAUUGCAAGACUAUGAUUUUCCCAUGAGACAUAAACUGAUUUGUUUCAAACCAGAAACCAACAUCCUCCAUUUAAAAAAUAGUUUUCUUAUUCCAGAGUUGAACUUUUUAUUUUAAAAAGAAUUAAUUUUCUAAUGUAGCAGAAACUGUGAACACUAGCUUAUUGUUUAAUCCUAUAAUUUUUUUUUGUCUCAUACGUUUGUGAGGGGAUGUUUUCCUUCUUUUUUAAAUGCUUGAAAUAUUCUAAAUCAUAAUCAGAUGUAUAGAUUACAAAGACGGGAAUGUCCAAUUUGAAAUGAACUAACCAUUAGUGAGAUAAGACUUGAUUACAAUUGACGUUAAGAAUCAGAUUGCUUUACAAAAUUUACACAGUUCUAACUCUAACUGGAUAAGAUUGCCGACCAUUGUCGUGCAGUUCAGGGCAAAUAUGUUGUUUUAUUGUAACUUUGGUUAUUUUCAAACCUGGUGGAGUUUUGUUUUUAAAUUCAUUUUGCUUAUUCUUCCCAGUGGAUUUGUUUCUACUUCUUCUUGUUUUGAAGUAUAAUAACUUAUUUAUUAUCUUAUAUUUUAUUAUUAGCCUCAUAUGAGGAUGUGUGGUGUGUAAUGUGCUUGACUAAAGAUUGCACUGUAUCCUAGAUGGAUUGUGUGUGUGUGUAUAUAUCUACCAUUUGGAUUCCUGGAUUAAGUGAGUUUAUAGUAUAGUAAUGCCUGGACAAUAAUAGUGACCGUGUCAAUGACAUUGGCUGCACCAUCAACUAAUGCCUGGACAAUAUAGUGACUGUGUCAAUGACAUUAGCUUCAUCAUCGACCCUAUUGGGACAGAUUAUCAUUUGUUUCCUAAUGAACAUAAGAGAGUCGGUGGUGUCUCCUCCGAAGUUACAAAAUACUUCAGAAUCCUUGAGUCUCAAGUUUUGGAUCAGUUCAGUAUUGAUUAUCUUUUCUCCCAGCAUUUGGACUCUACAGCAUGACUUUAAUGACAGGUGGAGUCACUGGCUGCACACAGUAGCAAGGGAUAGUAUAGUAACUUUAUGAUUCUAUACAGACAGUCCAGCAAUGAUGGUAUAGACCAAUGCUUCCCAAAAUAUUUAUGUCCAUACCCAAAGAAAAAAUCACUUUUAUCUGAUUUUGGGUAAUUGGGAAGUUUUGAUGUGGACACAAUGAAAUCUGUUGAUGUCCAUGCACUCUCAAGAUGUCAUAUUUAUAUUAAGGCCAUGUCUGAAACAUAGAAUAUAUAACAUGGAUCAAGAGUAAUCUGGGAUCAAAUUGUUAGAUCUUUAUCUUGUGUUCCAUAUCAGAGUGAGUUGUGAUGGUAAUUUAUCUCUUGUCACAGUCGAGCUGAAUUGCUAUGUAUAUAAGUACAGGGAACCUUGUCAGACUAAUGAAUGUUGACCGGUUAUUUCUCAGACUUGAUUUAACAUCUGACCGGUUCUUUAAGUCGGUGGUUCACAACUUGUUUUGGGUGCAACGGCACUGAAAAUUAUUAAAUUAUUUUACCAUGUAAAUAAAACAAUGGUUUCAACCCAAAGGGUCACAACCUUAAGGCUGCUCACCGCUGCUGUGGGUCCUGUUUGAAUUAUGACUGAAUCCCUGGCAUAAAUCUUAUCCUGUUUGAAUUGGAGUUCAUUAUUUAAAUGGAAAAUAAAACAUUUUAUUAA